UCAAAAAAUCUGUCAUCUAUCAGGGAUCCCUUUUUUUGUCUGUAUAACAAGUCAGACAUCAAUGGAUGAUAUAAAUAAUUCUUCCUGGUCUUACCAGCUUAUUCCAGAAGAUCCCUACAGAAAAUAUUGGAAUAGCACUGAGGACUACUUGACUUUCUUCUGUGGCCCCCGGAGAAGUCAUUUGUUCCUGCCCAUGACGGUGGUGUAUGCAUUGAUCUUUGUGGUUGGGGUCACUGGCAAUCUCUUAGUAUGCCUAGUGAUUCUGAAACACCAGACUAUGAAGACACCUACCAACUAUUACCUUUUCAGCCUGGCCAUCUCAGACCUGUUGGUUCUGCUCUUCGGUAUGCCGUUAGAAAUCUAUGAAAUGUGGUAUAAUUACCCAUUUCUGUUUGGGCCUGUGGGUUGCUACUUCAAGACUGCUCUCUUCGAAACAGUGUGUUUUGCAUCCAUCCUGAGUGUGACCACAGUCAGCGUGGAACGGUAUGUGGCCAUCCUCUAUCCCUUUCGAGCCAAGUUGGAGAGUACACGACGGCGGGCCCUGAGGAUCCUUGUCAUCCUCUGGGUCUUCUCCAUCCUUUUUUCCCUACCUAACACAGGCAUACAUGGCAUCAAGGUCUAUCACUUCCCCAAUGGAACUUUGAUCCCAGAAUCAGCCAUCUGCACUGUGAUCAGACCCAUGUGGAUCUACAACUUUAUCAUCCAGGUGACUUCUUUCCUUUUUUAUGUCCUGCCCAUGGCUGUCAUGAGCAUUCUCUACUAUCUCAUGGGACUGAGACUUCGAGGAGACCAAUCUCUUGAGGCUGAAGAAAUGGCUGCAAAUGUUCAAAGACCCUCCAGAAAAUCAGUAACAAAGAUGCUGUUCAUCUUGGUCUUGGUAUUUGCCAUCUGCUGGACUCCAUUCCACAUUGACCGACUCUUCUUUAGCUUUGUGGAAGAAUGGACGGAAUCUUUGGCUUCGGUGUUCAACCUUAUCCAUGUGAUAUCAGGUGUUUUCUUCUACCUGAGUUCUGCUGUGAACCCCAUCAUCUACAACCUGUUCUCUCACCGAUUCCGUGCAGCCUUUGUAAAUGUGAUCUCUCCCUUGUGUAAGCACUGGCACUCAAAGCAUUCUCUCAGUGACCACUCUGCUCAUCAGGACACCUUCCUACAUCAGAAGUGCCAUCUGGUGAAUGAAAAUGCUGAUUCCACAUUUUCUCACAGAACAUCAAUCCACAGCUCUCAUUUGUCCACUAUGCUAUGAACUCCACAGCCAAAGGUGACACAUGGUGAAAUCUAUGACUUUUGAGUGGCUGCAUACCCAGGUGCCAUGAUCUUUAUAACAUUUAGAACUCAGUAUUAAGGAGUUCAAUACUUACCAUAAAGUUAUAUUUGAUUUCCUGUUGCCUUCUCCUUUGAAAAUGCUAUUUUUUUCUAGGAGAAGAUGGUUAUUCUUUAAUAAGGUAAUGUGUUAAAUCCAUUAGUGGGGGUGGGCAGCAGAGAACCACCAACGCUCCUUAAUUAGUCACUGUUGUAAACAAUAGCCAGGGCUGGUCCUGCAAAUAAUUUGUAUGAUUCAAACAGGCAAAGGUAUGAGUUCACUGAUCAAAAAAUCCCAGUUCCAGGUAUCCUAGCUUCAUCCCUCAGAUUUCAUUUUUCAUGAAGUUCAUAUUCAGAUGGAAAUAUCUCUGAAGAGGAUUGUAAUUUAAAGUUACAGAUAAAAUUUUGAGUUUUAGCCAAAAUUGGACCCACAAAGACAAAAGAUAAGGGAGGCAGGAUACCAGACAGAUGAAAUAAUGGGAGAGAACAUAGUGACACUGAGAGAGCUAAAGGGUGCAAAAGAUAAAUUAGUGUGUGGGGAUAAUGAAAUAAUGGAAAGAGCCUUAGGCUAAGUAACCAGAGAACUAUGUUAAAAUCCCAGCUCUGAUGUUUACCUGACCUUAGAUAACUCUUUUCAUCUCUGCAAGUCUCAGUUUAUUCUUCUGAAAAAUGGGAGGAAAUAAAUAAUCUACUAUCUAUAUCAUGGGGAUUUCAGAAUCAAAUGAGAUAAUAUAUGCAUUUUUUAAAAAAGCUUUGUAAUCCUUAAAGUGCUAGAAAAUUGAGCAUUACUCUACUACUUCUUUUUUUUUUUUUUUUUGCAAGUUUUAGUGUCUCCCUGGGUUUCCCGGCAACCAGCCUAAGACCCAAAGCAGACAGUUUUGUCUGAAUUUGUGCCCAAGGAAUCUGGUUUCACCUAAUUAAUUCCCUAUCAAUCUGUGUCAUCUGUGGACAGAGGACAAUACUAAUUGACAUAAGUAGUUCUCAGACUUAAAAGACCUGAGUUCUAGUCUCAUCUCUUCACUUAUUAUUUGAUCCUGAAAAAUUCACUCAGUUCUCUACAUGUAAAAUGGGGUGUGUGGAAAGAAAACAAAGUAAUAAUCUUUCAGAACUCUUCUGUCUUCAAAUCCUAAGCACAUGAGAAGAAUUCAGGGAUCUACUGUGCCUGCUUACAUCCCAAAAGACACAAGGCAUUAUUGAACCUGGCCAUAGACUGCAAAUUGAACUCAUCUAAUGAUGUUUCUGCAACCCAUUUAGGGUCUUGAGCUCCAUUCAGGAGAGUAGAAUAUCCUCACCAUAGUAAGUUAUCAAUAUCUAUGGACAUCUAUUAGAUACCUGCUGGAAACAAGUCAUUCUCAAAGUUCAGUUCCUAUCUCUCCACUGAGGAUUUUUCAUGAAUAGAGUAAGACCCCUUGAAGAAAUGGGAGAUUUGAUAAUCAUCUUCAUCACUCCCUGAUUCCCUUAUCCCAUAUCACUCAUUUCACUAAAUUACAAUCAAAUCUCCAUGCCCCAUAAUUUUUUGAAAACAGAUUAUGAAGAUAGUCUGCUGUCUUCAUUUUGUUUUUGUUGUUGUUGU